AUGGCACCCAAAUCUGCAAUUCAUUUGGCUUCCAAAUCUUGUCCAAUUCCUUUGGUGGCAGCUUCGUACAUUCGGGCGUUCAUUUUCGCGUUUGUGCCAACCUUGCUCAACUCUGUGCUCGUCGAGCGAAUCACGGCCACGAUCAAAGUUGAAACCUAUGAGAAAGAUUUCUACCGAUGGCAACCCAAGAUUUUGGUGUUUCUUGCAGCCAUUGUGGCCACUGUUUUCGGCUCACUUUACACAUUUGCUUUCCUCUCUCGACUCACUUGUGUCUUGGUCGCCAAUAGUUUAUCUUUCGUCGGUGGACUGGUGCUUUACACAGGUGCCCAUCAGAAUGACUAUUUCCAUCAACUUUCCUCUCAAUGGGAUUCGGCUUUGCCGAAAACGAUAAAGAAGAAACGAACCACAUGUGGUGAAUCACUUGAUGGAGAUAUUUGGAACUUUUGGAGCUCCAACGAUUCUGCAGUCGAUUCUGCAAUGGGCACGAAUUUGCCAACAAAAUGGUUAAAGGAU